ACGCGCGGCGCUGCCUGCGGGGGCGUCGCUCCCCGUGCUUUCUCAUCUCCGCGGCGCGCGGAGACCCGCGGCUCGCGCUGCCAGCCUCCUCUGGGUUCCCCGGCGCCCUCCGCUCUCUCGGCCGGUGGGACCUGGGUCAGCCUGGCCUCCCUCAGCCGCUCCCCGCGCCCGGGCUUCGGGGCCUCGCGACGAAGCCGCCGAUGACAGCGUGCGGGCGAGUUACUGAUUUAUUCUCGAGAAUCCUCUGCUCUCAUCUAUCCUCAUGGAUGAACUUCAGGAUGUUCAACUCACAGAGAUCAAACCACUUCUAAAUGAUAAGGAACAUGACAUAGAAACAACUCAUGGUGUGGUCCAUGUCACCAUCAGAGGCCUGCCAAAGGGAAACAGACCAGUUAUCCUGACAUAUCAUGACAUUGGCCUCAAUCAUAAAUCCUGUUUCAACGCAUUCUUUAACUUUGAAGAUAUGCAAGAGAUCACCCAGCACUUUGCUGUCUGUCAUGUGGAUGCCCCAGGCCAGCAGGAAGGUGCACCCUCUUUCCCAACAGGGUACCAGUACCCCACAAUGGAUGAGUUGGCUGAAAUGCUGCCUCCUGUUCUUACCCACUUAAGUCUGAAAAGCAUCAUUGGGAUUGGAGUUGGAGCUGGAGCUUACAUCCUCAGCAGAUUUGCACUCAAUCAUCCAGAGCUCGUGGAAGGCCUUGUGCUCAUUAACGUUGACCCUUGUGCUAAAGGCUGGAUUGACUGGGCAGCUUCCAAACUCUCAGGCUUGACAACCAAUGUCGUGGACAUUAUUUUGGCUCAUCACUUUGGUCAGGAAGAGUUGCAGGCCAACUUGGACCUGAUUCAAACCUACAGGCUGCAUAUUGCCCAAGAUAUCAAUCAAGAAAACCUACAGCUCUUCCUGGGUUCUUAUAACGGACGCAGAGACCUAGAGAUUGAAAGACCCAUCCUGGGCCAAAACGAUAACAAAUCGAAGACAUUAAAGUGCUCUACUCUACUGGUGGUAGGGGACAGUUCACCUGCAGUUGAGGCGGUGGUUGAAUGCAACUCUCGCCUGAACCCUAUAAAUACAACUUUGCUAAAGAUGGCAGACUGUGGUGGACUGCCCCAAGUAGUACAGCCUGGAAAGCUCACCGAGGCCUUCAAGUACUUUUUGCAGGGAAUGGGCUACAUCCCGUAUGUGCAGCUCAGUCACCUGAACACCGAGUCAGUACCAUCUGCCAGCAUGACCCGGCUCGCCCGAUCACGAACCCACUCAACCUCGAGUAGCAUCGGCUCUGGAGAAAGUGCUUUCAGCCGAUCUGUCACCAGCAAUCAGUCAGAUGGAACUCAAGAAUCCUCUGAAUCCCCUGAUGUUGUGGACAGACACCAGACCAUGGAGGUGUCCUGCUAAGCAGAUACUCCUCCCCUGGACCAUGCAAGUCCACCCUCCUUCAAACAACCACUCCAUAAUAUAACAUUUCAUCCAGCAAACUGGCAUCUAUCUUUAACUCCUGCAUGGCCACUGACACUCUCUGAUAUCUUGGAUUUAUCAUUCUCUCUGCCUGCCUGCCCUCCUUUUUGUAUGUACCAAGAACCACUUCCUUGCCAUUACUUUAACAUUCCAGCAUCUUUAGCUGAUCAGAUUUCCGUAUCUUCUCUUGCCAGCUUCUCCUCGUGCUUUCCCAACUACGUAUCUGACGAGAUUCUUUGAUGCUGAUGUAUGUGUGUGAGCACGCGUGUCUGUGUUUGUGUGUGCAUAGUUUUGUGGUUUUAGAUAUGCUUUCUUGUAGAGCUUCUGCAAAAAAACAAAGGGGGCCUUUUUUCUUUUUCAUUUUCAAUGGUGUUUUUAAGGGAAAUAUACAGAACAGGUUUCUAGGUUGGGUAGGCCACUGCAUUCUCCUUUGGUUCUGAAUUGGUCAACAAGAUUUGCAAAGUGACUUCAGCAGCUCUGAGGAAUGUGGAAGAUCAUGCUUACUGUUGAUUGUGACCAAUAGAAGGGAGCCUGUUACAUAGAGAGGCAGGCAGGGUGGCCAGCCACCUCCUUCUGUCCAACUGCAUUCACAUAUGUUAUUCUGUAAAUAAAAGGGAGGGAUAUAUUCCUUUAGAAGCCCAUGAAUGAUGAGGUUCUGAUGCAACAUGGAGUUUGUCCUAAGAAGUGAGUGUGGCAUCAUUACUGCACUCUCUUGCACAGGAAGGUGGCAGACAAAAUGCCAGGCCUCUGGUCUGCCGGAGCAGAGCUGCGGUCGCUGCAGUGUCUGAUACCACUUACCAGAUAGCCACAAGAAGUGCCUCCUGGGUCUGUGAUGAAGAGUGUUUCUCCACCCCUCAGUCCUCUGUAAAAGGAGAGGUAUGGCGUGAAAUUGUGUAGAUGGCGAGGAAGCAUCUGGCAAAGAGGCACAGCCCUCAACUGAAUAUCAGGCGUCACAGGCAUAGCCUUGACUUCAGCUGACUUAGUGGAAGUGAAGUUAAAUUGGUACAGAACUCAUUUCUCAGAAAGACUCUUGACAGAUAAUUCUUAAAGAAGAGAGGAAAGGGGCCCGGCUAUAAGGGCAGCCUGUGCAGGUACAGUUGUGCUCAGUGGACUGCUGUGUGAGGGGCCGCAGCCAGCCAGAGUAUUGCUGGGAGGAGGAUGAAACCAGCUGCCGCACAGCAAGGGUCCAGCUCUUGAGGGCAUCAGAUGUAAGCUCAGGGUUACGCAGUUCCGAAUCUUAGGAAGGGGCUUUUCAGACAUAGAGUUCGCUUUCUGCUGAGAUAGGGAAUGCAUCACUCUGCCAGAGUACAACUUUUUACAGAUUAUUAAAUAAAGCUGUAUAUGUCUCAUUGUUA